UUCGAACAGCUCGACCGAUUCUGGCUCCUUGAUUGUGUCAUCUACUCUGAGCUUUCCCCAGAUACUAUACUAUAUUAAUACAUUGAGUCUACAAGUCGUCCGACAGGCAGCUAGCGGCAUGCCAAAGAAGCCAACGUUUCGAUUUAGCAUCACAAAUGUCCCCGCUGUCGUCCUCGAAUGGAUUACCGCCCACCCUGGACAAAGCGCUUUGCUUGUUGCUAACGGCUUUCUAAUCUUCACGCCAGCUGCUCUUACGGGCCCACUCCUCGCAACAAUGGGUUUUGGGGCUUCAGGCCCUAUUGCUGGCACUGUUGCGGCUUGGCUUCAGUCGAUGCUAGGGAAUGUCGGGGCACAUAGUAUAUUCGCAUGUUUGCAGAGUGCAGCAAUGGGAGGAUAUGGGGUCCCUAUUGUUAAUUGGACAAUGCAGGCUUACGUGGUGAUUUCGGAGGCUGCUAUAUUACGUUUCUGGCCUAGCAAGGCAUAGUGCAGUGCAGUUUAGGAAAUGAUUAAUAACUUUGCUUGACUUUGCUACGGCUAGUAACCUCCUUGAUGAGCUCGAUGGACCGGUCC